CACUGGAAGACGCAGCACAGUGAGGAGUAUGAGGCAAAAGGUCAGCUAAGGUUUUGGAACCCAGAUGACCUGAAUGCAUCACACAGUGGGUCUUGCCCUCCCCAAGACUGGAUAGAAGAGAAACUGCAAGAGGUUUGUGAAGAUCUGGGGAUCACUCGAGAUGGUCACCUGAACCGGAAGAAGCUGGUUUCCAUCUGCGAACAGUACGGAUUACAGAAUGUGGAUGGAGCGAUGUUGGAGGAAGUCUUUCUCAGUCUCGAUCCUGAUGGUACAAUGAGUGUGGAAGACUUUUUCUAUGGUCUGUUUAAAACUGGGAAAUCGCUCGCACCAUCAGCAUCUACUCCCUACAGACAACUAAAGCGACAUCUCUCUAUGCAGUCAUUUGAUGAGAGUGGACGGCGGACCACAACCUCGUCAGCGAUGACAAGCACCAUUGGCUUCCGGGUCUUCUCCUGCUUGGAUGAUGGGAUGGGCCAGGCGUCUGUAGAGAGGAUCCUGGAUGCCUGGCAGGAAGAAGGCAUUGAAAACAGCCAGGAGAUCCUGAAGGCCUUGGAUUUCAGCCUGGAUGGAAAUGUCAACCUGACAGAAUUGACGCUGGCUCUUGAAAAUGAACUUUUGGUUACCAAGAACGGCAUCCACCAGGCAGCUCUGGCCAGCUUCAAGGCUGAGAUCCGGCAUUUGUUGGAACGAGUUGACCAAGUGGUCAGAGAGAAAGAGAAGCUCCGGUCGGACCUGGACAAGGCAGAGAAGCUCAAGUCUCUGAUGGCUUCAGAGGUCGACGAUCACCAUGCAGCCAUUGAACGGAGGAAUGAAUGCAACCUCAGGAAACUGGAUGAGGAAUACAAGGAGCGCAUAGCAGCCUUAAAGAAUGAACUCCGCCAAGAGAGGGAGCAGAUCCUGCAGCAAGUGAGCAAGCAGCGGGUGGAGCUGGAGCGGGAAAUUGAAAAAGCCAAAACGGAGGAGAACUACAUCCGGGACCGCCUUGCCCUCUCCCUGAAGGAAAACCAUCGCCUGGAAAAUGAGCUUCUGGAAAACGCAGCGAAGUUGGCAGAGUACGAGUCCCUGACCAACAAACUUCAGCACAAUCUGGAAAAUGUGUUAGCAGAAAAGUUUGGUGACCUUGACCCUAGCAGUGCUGAAUUCUUUCUUCAAGAAGAGAGGUUGGUGCAGAUGAGAAAUGAAUACGAGCAACAGUGCAGGCUAUUACAAGACCAAGUGGAUGAACUCCAUUCAGAGCUAGAGGAAUAUCGUGCACAAGGCAAAGUGUUCAGGCUCCCCUUGAAGAACUCGCUGUCAGAAGAACUUGAUGUUAACAGUGGUGGCAUUGAACCUGACCAAGGGCUUGGUUCUGAAGAAUGCAAUCCAUUGAAUAUGAGCAUUGAGGCUGAGCUGGUCAUCGAACAGAUGAAAGAACAACACCACAGGGACCUGUGUCACCUGAGACUGGAGCUGGAAGAGAAAGUGUACCAUUAUGAAAAGCAGUUGGAUGAAACCAGGGUCACCUGUGAAAAAGAGCAGGCGGCCAUGAAGCAAAAGUAUGAGCAUGGAAUGCACACCUUGGAGACACAAAUAAGUGACCUUCGUGGUGAGAUCGCAGAUCUCCAAGGGCAGGCCAUGGUGCUGAAGGAGGCCCACCAUGAGGCCAGCUGCAGGCACGAGGAGGAAAAAAAACAACUGCAGCUGAUGUUUGAGGAGGAGAAGACUCAGCUUCAGGAGGAGCUGCGGCUGGAGCAUGAGCGGGAGCUCAAGGCCAGGCUGCAGCAGGCAGAGGAGAACUUUGAGCAGGAGAGAGAGGAGCUCUCUCGGAGUGCUGCCUGGACCGAAAAGAAGGUGAGGGGCUUGACGCAGGACCUGGAGCAAUCUUACCAGGAGCAGCUGCUGAGCCUGGUGGAGAAGCACACUCUUGAGAAAGAGGAGCUGAGGAAAGAGCUCUUGGAACGUCACCAAAGGGAACUUCAGGAGGGAAGGGAAAAAAUGGAAACAGAGUGUAAUAGAAGAGCCUCUCAGAUAGAAGCCCAGUUUCAGGCUGACUGUGAGAAAGUCACUGAGCGCUGUGAACACACUCUGCAAAGCCUGGAAGGACGCUACCGCCAAGAGCUGAAGGACCUCCUGGACCAGCACCUGGAGGAGCGGUCCCAGUGGCAGUUCGAGAAGGAUGAGCUCACUCAGGAGUGCACAGAAGCCCAGGAGCAGCUGAAGGAGGCACUCCAGAGGGAGAAGGCAACUGCUCUUGUCCUGAACCAGGAGCGGGAGAUGCUGGAGAAGACAUACAAGGAACGUUUGAGUAGCCUAAGCAUGGAAAGAGAUCAGCUGCUGCAAGACCUGGAAGACCUUCGCAACACUUCGGAGAGCCAGCAGGGCCUCUUGUCUGACCAAAUACUUGAGCUGAAGAGAAGUCAGGAGAGACAGCUGAGGGAACGAGAGCUAUGCCAGACAGGGACCUCUGAGCAGCUGGCCAGCCAGUGGCUUGAAAGGUUACAGGUAGAGCGUGAACAAGAGAGGGGAGAAAUGGUAGGCAAGCUUGCGGCCCUGGAGAGCGCCCACAGAGUGAGCUGUGAGAGAGCAGAUCUGGAGAAGGCUGAGCUGAGUGCAGAAAUCCGCAGGCUCCAGAAUACAGUAAAGGACAUGCAACAGGCAGCGUCUCUUUCGGGGCUCCAGGGUGCUCAUUCUCUGGUAAUGACAGGGGAGGAGGCAGAAGGAAAUGGAGCCAUGUCCCUGCUUCAGCAAGGGGAGCAGCUGUUGGAAGAAAAUGGUGAUGUCCUCAUCAGCCUGCAGAGAGCUCAUGAGCGUGCCGUGAAGGAAAAUGCAAAAAUGGCUACUGAAAUUUCUAGAUUGCAGCAGAGGCUGAAAAAAUUAGAGCCUGGGUCAGUGAUGUCACCUUGUUUAGAGGAGCAUAUCAUUGAGAUUUCUGGAAGUUCCAGGGAACAAGCUGAGUCAUUUUUAUCACAAGUAAAGCAAGGAGAAAGUUCCACCACCAAGCACAUCCUCAGUGAUCUAGGUGACUGCGAGGCCCAGGACCUGGGUAGUACAGGGACAAGCUCUGUUCAGAGGCAGGAGUGCAAAACUGAAGAGUUGGAAACAUCCCUGGAGUGCUUUUCUGAGCUCGAAAACAGUGAAGACACCAGGACGGAAUCCUGGGACCUGAAGAGCCAGGUUGUUCAACUUCAGGAGCAACUAACAGUCUUACGAGCAGACUGCGAUCAGGCUUCUGAAAGGAAGCAGGACCUACUUUUUGAUAUUUCUGUGCUGAAAAAGAAACUAAAGAUGCUGGAGAGAAUCCCCGAGACAUCUUCCAGAUAUAAGUUGUUAUAUGAAGAUGCCACUAGAGAAAAUGCCUGCCUCCAGGAGGAGUUGAGGCUCAUGGAGGCACGCUACGAUGAGUCACUGGACAGCAACAAAGAGCUCACUACUGAAGUCUUCAGGCUGCAGGAUGAGAUGAAGAAAAUGGAGGAGGUGAUGGAAACGUUCCUUAGCCUGGAGAAGAGUUAUGAUGAGGUCAAAAUGGAAAAUGAGGAGCUCAGUGCUCUGGUGUUGAGACUUCAAGGGAAGAUGGAGAAGGUGCUGGAUAGAGCCCCUCUGCACUGUGACAGCUACUCCUUGUGGGAAGCCCCUUCAGAACACCUGGAGGUCAUCUCUGAUGAAAAGCUGCUUGAAUUCCGUCAGACUCCAGGGUGUACACCCAAGGUCAUGAGCAUGCACCACACCCUAGAAGAACGCAGACAAGAAACCAAAUGGUGUGAACAGGAAAGCACGCGGCUCCUGGCUAGAAUUAAAGCACAUGAAAUUGCCUGGUUCCAUGGGACAAUUCAGACACAUCAGGAAAAGCCUAGUGUGCAGAAUCCAGUUCUCCUGGAGGAAAGUGCUGCCCUCCUAGGCCUCCAAGACACACAUCCUCAGCAUCAGGUCACAAUCGCAGAGUUAGAACUGGAGAAACAGAAGCUACAGGAACUGACUAGAAAGUUGAGGGAGCGAGUCAGCACAUUAAUCAAGCAGAGAGAUGCACCUUCUCAAGGAGAGAAGGAGGAAGAGCUGAAGGCAAUGAUGCAUGACUUGCAAAUCACAUGCAGUGAGAUGCAGCGCAAAGUUGAACUUCUGAGAUAUGAAUCUGAAAAGCUUCAAGAGGAAAAUUCUAUCUUGAGAAAUGAAAUUACUACUUUAAAUGAAGAAGAUACCAUCUCUAACCUGAAAUUAGAGGAAUUAAAUGGAUCACAGGAAGAAUUGUGGCAGAAAAUAGAAACUGUAGAACAGGAAAAAGCUUCAAUUCAGAAGAUGGUUGAAAAAUUAAAGAAACAGGUUUCAGAUUUAAAAAUCAAAAACCAACAGUUGGACUCAGAGAAUACAGAGCUCAGCCAAAAGAACUCCCAAAACAAGGAAGAACUGCAAAAACUUAAUCAACGUCUGGCAGAAAUGCUAUGCCAGAAGAAGGAGCCAGGAGCUUGCACCUCUGAGAAAUGGGAACAAGAAAACUCGAGUCUGAGAGAAGAGCUGGAUCGAUGCAAAGUGCAGACUUCCACUUUAGUGGCUUCUCUGGAGGCAGAGCUUUCUGAAGUUAAGCUGCAGACUCACAUUGUGGAACAGGAAAACCUCCUUCUCAAAGAUGAACUGGAGAAACUGAAGCAGCUGCACAGAUGUCCUGAUCUCUCUGACUUGCAGCAAAAAAUGGCUAGCAUUCUAACCUACAACGAACAGCUGCUGAAGGAAAAAGAAGCUCUAAGUGAAGAAUUAAACAGCUGUGCUGAUAAGUUGGCAAAAUCAAGCGUUCUAGAGCACAAAAUUGCUACAAUGAAGCAGGAACAGACGACUUGGGAGCAGCAGAGCGAAAGCUUAAAGGCACAGCUGGUGACGUCCCAGGAAAAGGUUCAGGAUUUAGAAGAUGUCCUGCAGAAUGUAAACCUUCAGAUGUCCCGGAUUCAAUCAGACCUCCAAGUGACUCAGCAGGAGAAGGAAGCUUUAAAACAAGAAGUGAUGUCCUUACGAAGACAGCUUCAGAAUGCGGGUGACAAGGUCUGGAUCUCAGAAACAGCUGACCAUCUCUCAGGGCUCCAUGGCCAGCAGAAAAGGCUCUCCUGGGACAAGCUGGAUCAUUUCAUGGAUGAGGAACCACAGCUACUUUGUGAAGAGAGCAAGAGACUCCAGACUGUGGUGCAGAACACCAAAGCAGACCUCACACACUCCCUCGAGAAGGUCCGUCAACUGGAAUCCAACCUUCUUCCCAUCAAACAUCAGAAACAACUCCACCAGUCCUGUACUGUAAAACCCACAGAACAAGAAAAAUUGACUUUAAAGAGGGAGUGUGAACAGUCUCAGAAAGAACAAUCUCCUACUAGUAGGAAGGUCAGUCAGAUGAGUUCCCUUGAGAGAGAAUUAGAAACAAUUCAUUUGGAAAAUGAAGGUUUGAGGAAGAAACAGGUGAGACUGGAUGAGAUGCAGCCCCCGAGGUCCACUGUGACGCUUAGCCCGCCCUCUCAUUGGGAUCUGCAGCUGCUCCAGCAGCAAACCUGUCCGAUGGUGCCCAGGGAACAGUUUCUGCAGCUUCAACAGCAGCUGCUGCAGGCGGAACAGAAAAACCAGAACCUGCAGGAGGAGCUUGAUAAUAGGACCUCUGAAACCAACACGCCACAGGGAAGCCAGGAACACCUUGUAAAUCUCAUGGAAGAACGAAUGAUAGAAGUUGAACAAAAACUGAAGCUGGUAAAAAGACUUCUUCAAGAGAAAGUGAAUCAGCUCAAAGAACAACUCUGCAAGAAUACAAAAACAGAUGCCAUGGUGAAGAAUUUGUAUGUUGAAAAUGCACAGUUGUUGAAAGCUUUGGAAAUGACUGAACAGCGCCAGAAAACAGCAGAGAAGAAAAAUUACCUCCUAGAGGAGAAGAUCGCCAGCCUCAGCACCAUUGUCAGGAACUUGGCACCAGCACCACUGGCUUCUACACCUCCUUUGAGGUCAUAGCCAUACCAAAGGAUUCACUUGCAUUUGUGCACUGUACUGACAUUCAUGGAACACUUCCAUCCGUUCUCCAAACCUUCUGAAAAAACUCUCAAUGGCUUACAGUCAAGCCUCCCUGAAGUCUGCUCUGCCAGCAGUGGAAUUGGAGUCUCCAAAUGGAUGCUUACAGGAAUUCCACAAAUCUCAUAUUUCACUAUUGAAAUUACUCAUGACAUUAAAGUAACUUUUAACAUACUUUUAAAGUAUGUUCUGGAUAGCUACCAAGAAGGAAAAUAAUUUAAAGAACUUAAAAUCCCAGUUUUUAAUGGUUUUUAAUUGCUCUUAUCUGUAUAUACAAUCCAGAUUCCUUUUAAGUUUGGGAUCUAACUAGAGUGGUUAUUAUAUUAUUAUAAUCUUUAUUUUUGAAAACAUGUAAGCACUAUAAUUAUUAUGUUUCUAAUAGUUUUGAAUGAAUUGGCUGACUGCAGUUCUGCUUAAAGAAGACUUGGCUAGUAGCUAGCCACUGAGGUCAGAAAGUCCAAGUUUUGUAGAAUUCUGGCUUCUGGUACCAGUUCUUGCUGCUCUUGCUAUAUAAUAGAUUCAGAGCUGAUUUCCUCAACUGCACUCCUUAUUAAGGAUAAAGUUUUACUUGAUUUAUACGGCCCUUUCUCCUCUUAAAGCUUUUGUUUGGGACUUUGUGUUCUUAAAAGUGGAUAAACCUGCAUUUUAAACAUUUGAACUUUGGGGAGACCACUGAAUAGCCCACUUUGGAGUAAAAAGCCACUCCUGGAAGAUUACAUGGAGUAUCAUGGGGAUGGUUUCCUCUCUCCCAAGCCUUGGAGUUCAUGGACAUAGCUUUGAGUUUGCAUCAAGAGCUCAGGGAACAAUAUUGAAACUGUCUUCCUGAACUACUUACUGCCCAGCCUCUCUAAGAACUGGAGGUGUAUAAACCACAUGACCUUUGUCUUAUAUAUUAACAGCCAUAGAAUUUUUCUUUCUAUAUUUUAGUGCACUUAAUGAUCUAAAAAGGCCUUGACUUUAGAGUUUAAAACCUCUUCAAUUUGUAGAAGAGUUUUUACUGUUUGUUUAAUGCAGGUCAGGCUUUCCAUGCUUCUGACCUUUUGAUACCUCACGUCUGAACAUAUGAAUUUCAUACUGUGGAGAACAUUGGUGUACCCUUGGAGGUGAAGGAGCAAUAAUGGGACUUUGCAUUUGUUCUCAAAGUCUAGGUUUAAAGAACAAUAAACCUUUUAGGUAGACACACACACACACACACACACAAACACACAAACACACACGAGUUGGUAGAGGACUUGUCAGGUGCAGGACACUACCAAAGCUCUUCUCAACUACCUUCAUGUCUCCAUGGGGAGAGAAAUUAAAGAGUUUCACUUUAUUAGAGGUACAAGAGAAAAGUAAACCAUUGAUUAUGGGCAGGAACUCAGGAUGAGUCAAAUAGGCUAAGAGGUCAGGUGAUAUGCGGAAAUCUCAAGUCAUUUCCAUCGAAACUCUUAGGGAAUCUUCAGGACCCAGCUGUUUAGUCCUGAAACCCAGGGCCCACUCUACAGGGCUCCGACAUGGCAUCCUCUCUGUGGUCCAAUAGUUCACACUGAUUUUGCCCUACUGCUACUAUCACAGAACUCUGCUCUCCCAUUGGAAAAAGAAUCCUUCCCUAUAAUUAUACAUCUAAAAAUUUGGCAUUUGGUAUUAACUCUCCUCUAAACCCUUCUCCUCAACUAUUUAUAUGGCCUUAACUUUAUUUAGCAGAAAAUAUUUUCACUUGAAGUUGUGGAUAGGACUAGACUAAGGUGAAAUGCUUCAGGUCCUCAAGGUCAAUGCCACUGAACUAAACAACAAACAUGUUUCUCCAGUGUUGGCGUGGCAUGGGGCCAUGUUUGUUGUGCUUUUUUUAAUUUUUUUAUUUUUUUAUUAUGAAAAGUGUAGGUGAGUGUUUCUUAUACAUUUGUAUUUAUGUGUACAUAAAGUGAUGUACAAUGACUGUAAAUAGGGGGAGGAGGAUCAAUAUGAGAAAUACCCUACAGAUACCUUAAAUUUAUACCUUAAAUUGUAUAGCAGUGUAUAUUUUAGAAACGCUUUGGAGCAGAAGUUUAGCUGCCACUAGAAUAGCUUAAAGCUUAAAAGGCAGCAGAUGUAAAAUACUAGAAUUAUGUGCAGUUUACUUUCAGACUGCAGUGGCUCUCCCCAAAAUCACAAGUUAUGUGUUGUGUGGUCAUUCACCUACUUUUCUUUUUUAAAGCAUUGGUUUUUAAACUUGAUUUUUAUUUAAGAACAGUUCUGUAAUACUAGUGAGACAAUUCUGGACUCACUCAGAAGACCGCCAUUGCCCUGUUCACUGUUUUCUGCUUUUGAAAGGCCUUACUUUCCCCCACCAAGGGGAGAAAGGGCUUGUUUUAUCUAAAGGCUUUUACUCCUAAAGUCAGGUUUGUAAAGGGAGAGCAAUAGGAGAUACAGUUUAGAAUGAACCUCAGUAUUUUCAUUUGUUUUUCUAAAACUCUGAUUCCAGCUAAGCCAUGGUAAAUGUGAGUCCCUCCUUGAAUCAUCCAUGUGCUGUUUGUGUAUUUGGCCAUCAGCAUGUUUUAUAUAAAUAGAUCAUGAAGUCAUAGACUUUAGGAUAUAGGAAGAUGUCUUACAGAUCUAGUGUUUCAGCAAUACCAAUAUUCAGAAUAGGUAUUAUUUUGAGAAACUAAUGACUAAGUCAUCCUAGGAAACUUUUUUUUCAACAUGUGGAAAAUGAAUUUGUGGUUUCCCAUUUUGCUUUGCUGAGUAAAGAAAAAGAAAACACUCUGCUGUUGUCAGCAUCUUUUAAAGGCAUCCCAGUCAAGGAGCAUCUCUGAGUGCUCUCAAGUACAGUAUUAAGCAAGUGCUGUUCUGAACGGAUUACCUGCAAUUGUAUAGGACUCCAAUGAGUCAUUAAGCAAUGCCAGAAGCCAGGUCUAAACCUUGUCACCAAAGCACUCACGCUGGGAAGCCAGCUGUUUAAACACCUCUGCACUGUGAGGACUUGGAUCCCAGACGGCUAAUUAGUACCAAAUUAAAGUUGCCUUUUUGUUUGUUCAUUUGCUUGCUUGCUUUUUAGUUUUUUGAACGGAAAAAAAGUAAAUUUAUUCUCCCUGUGAGAACAUUACCACAGCAUGAUGUAAAGGAAUAUUAGUUUUAUGAAGGAAAACUUGAGUGUAUCUAGAGCUCAUCUCCAGAAUUGUAUUAGAUAAAGAUUAAUGUGAAUAUGUUUAUAUCAGGUUUGUACAUUUCUUUUUAGCCACUUUAUCCCAGAAAGAUUUUUAAUGUGGGCUUAAAAUGUAAAUAAAUAAUUUUACAAACUCUG